AUGGCGCUCGAGAGCGAAGCGUCCAUCCGCGCUCGAUGUUUGUCGUGUGGCUCGCCAGAGAACAUUGUCCAAGAGAUGCAUGGUGGGGGCAUCACCACCUUUGCAGGGCUGGCUUUCUGUACGCUGCAUCAGGCAAACGCAGGAAUAGAUGACGCCGCUCUCAUGAACCACGUUAAUGGCGACCCCGUCAUCGGUGGCCAGUCUCAGGAGGAUCUCAAGUCCAAGCUCGAAAGCCCGGCUGAGCACGAGACCAAGAUCCUCCCCCUCCCUCAGGAAAAGAUGGCCAGGUUGACAAGGCAAAAGGAACGCGUGGUUGGUGUCGUGCUAACACUGCACAACACCUCGAGCCACUCUCUCAUCGACAAGGCAUGCUCCCAAUUGGAAGAGGGCUCACUUCGGUGGAUUCAUCCCAGUAGGUGCACAUCGCGGGACUCCGAGGCCCUCUCUGAAAAGCCCAAGACUUCUUUGUCGCUUGACUCCACGGGUUCCUUCAAGGUCAGCAGCACGUCCAUCGACAAAGCGUGCGACGCCAGCAGUGCCCACCUCUUGCGUUCGUUCUUUGAUCUCAUCAUGAACCUCCUCCAGCCAAUUGAUCGCGGCGGACAGGCCUUGUGGCUUCUGGUUGCUGAGGACACGAGGGCCAAGCUCAUUGAGAUGGACCCGGAUAAUGUCACGCUACGCCUUUGCGAGUCACAUGUGAACUACUACGCGGACCACCCUGACGUCCUCUUCCACUUCAUGCCUCUCAAGUCGGGAGGCUCCUAA